UCGGCUCACUGCAACCUCCGCCUCCCAGGUUCAAGCGAUUCUCCUGCCUCAGCCUCCUGAGUAGCUGGGAUUACAGGCGCGUGCCACCACGCCCAGCUAAUUUUUAUAUUUUUAGUAGAGACGGGGUUUGACCAUGUUGGCCAGGAUGGUCUUGAUCUCUUGACCUCGUGAUCCGCCCUCCUCGGCCUCCCAGAGUGCUGAGAUUACAAGCGAGAGCCACCGCACCCGGCUGGAAUCUAUAUUUUUUAAUUUUUAAUUUUUAUUUUUGUAGAGGCAGAUUCUUACAAUGUUGCCCAGGCUGGUGUGGAAAUCCUGGCCUCAAGGGAUCCUCCCGAAGUGCUGAGAUUACAGGCUUGAGCCAACGUGCCUGGCCUUUAAUUGUCUUAAAAGGAAGUAAAUUCUGACACAUGCUACAGCAUCAGGACGAUUGAGGACAUUAUGCUAAGUGAAAUAAGCCAGUCGGAAAAGGACAAAUACAGAAUAAUUCCACUUAUAUGAGCGGUUCGCUAGGAUUGCGUCCCAGCCUCGGACUCUCUGGGGCUCUGCAUAUGCUUUGUCGCGCUGGGACCUGCAGGUAGUGAGGGAUCCGUAGGGAGGACUCCUGGAACCUCCGUUAGCCGAGAAAUGGACUCCAUCUCCCUUGAGGAUGUGGCUGUGAACUUCACCCUGGAGGAGUGGGCUUUGCUGGAUCCUGGCCAGAGGAAUAUCUACAGAGAUGUGAUGCGGGCAACCUUCAAGAACCUGGCCUGUAUAGGGGAAAAAUGGAAAGACCAGGAUAUUGAAGAUGACCACAAAAACCAGGGAAAAAAUCUAAGAGGUCCUGUGGUUGAAGCACUCUGUGAAAAUAAAGAAGAUCGUCUGUGUGGAAAAAGCACUAGCCAGAUUCCUGAUCUUAAUACGAACCUGGAAACUCCUACUGGAUUAAAGCCAUGUGACUGCAGUGUGUGUGGGGAAGUCUUCAUGCAUCAGGUCUCCCUUAAUAGGCACAUGAGAUCUCACACUGAACAGAAACCAAAUGAGUGUCACGAAUAUGGAGAGAAGCCACAUAAAUGUAAAGAAUGUGGGAAAACCUUCACUCGCAGCUCCAGUAUUCGAACCCACGAAAGAAUUCACACUGGAGAGAAACCCUAUGAAUGUAAGGAAUGUGGCAAAGCCUUCGCAUUUCUCUUUUCCUUUCGAAACCAUAUAAGAAUUCAUACUGGAGAGACACCCUAUGAAUGUAAGGAAUGUGGGAAGGCAUUCAGAUAUCUUACUGCUCUUCGGCGCCAUGAAAAAAAUCACACUGGAGAGAAACCGUACAAAUGUAAACAGUGUGGAAAAGCCUUUAUAUAUUAUCAGCCUUUUCUAACCCAUGAAAGGACUCACACUGGAGAGAAACCUUAUGAAUGUAAGCAAUGUGGGAAAGCCUUCAGUUGUCCCACGUACUUACGGAGUCAUGAGAAAACUCACACUGGAGAGAAACCUUUUGCAUGUAGGGAAUGUGGGAGAGCCUUCUUUUCUCACUCAAGCCUUCGAAAACACGUGAAAACCCACACCGGAGUUCAACCUUAUACAUGUAAGAAAUGUGGGGAAGCCUUCAAGUCAUCUAGUUCCUGUGAAGUGCACGAAAGAACUCAUUUUGGAGAAAAACCCUAUGAAUGUAAACAAUGUGGUAAAGCCUUCAAUUCUUCAAGUUACCUUCAGUUGCACGAAAGAGUUCACACUGGCGAGAAAACUUACGAAUGUAAAGAAUGUGGUAAAGCCUUUCUUUAUUCCACUCACUUUCGAAUCCAUGAAAGAACCCAUACUAGAGAGAAACCCUAUGAAUGCAAACAAUGUGGUCGGGUCUUCAUUUACUUCAGUCACCUUCGAAGGCACGAAAGAAGUCACACUGGAGUGAAACCAUGUGAGUGUAAGCAGUGUGGCAAAGCUUUCACUUGUUUAAAUUCCCUGAAAGUACACAAAAGAAUUCAUACUGGAGAAAGACCCUUUCAGUGUAGACAAUGUGGUAAAGCCUUCAGUUACUCAAAGUCUUUGCACGUGCAUGAAAGGACUCAUACUAGACAGAAGCCCUAAGUAAACUGUGGUAAUGCUGUCAGUUGUAUUAGUUCCUUUUGGAUGUAUGAGAGUAUUUACGCUGGAGAGAAAUUCAAGGAAUGUAAAUGGUGUGAUUAAGCCUUCAGUUUUCCUAAUUCGCUUUCAAGACGUGACUCAUGCGGCAAUGAAAUAUUUAACAAAUAGGGGAGGAACUUCCACUGUCCUGCGGGAUUGCAAAUAUGUGAAUGGACUCCAUGGACAGAAACCCUAUGAAUGUACCGAGUGUGGGAAAGCCUUCACUUCACACAGUCUUUUAAAGACACCUGGGAAUAUAUACUGGAGAGAAACUAUAAAGAAAA